UGUCGUUGAGUUAGUACCCGAGGCACACCCCGCAGCGCAAGCGCUUUCCCAGUCCGGCGUCAAAGGGAUGGCGAAAGGCGAGAGGGUGGAUUGUCAGUUAGGAAAUGUUCUUUGUGCAAUAAAAUCAUAGACAGUGAUGCUGAGGAAUUCAAAACAUCUGAGAGAGCAAAGAAUAUAUUGGAUGAACUUUGAAAUAAGUUCGAUUACUGGAUAAUAAGAAAUUCAUUAUGAACUUCCGUUACUUGAUUACGAACCAAAUUAGGCAUCAGUAAACUUAAAAAAAAAAAAAAAUUAAACGAAGUUUAAAUAUUGGAAGAUAUUUUUUACCUUGUACAAUGGGUAAUCUACAGUCUGAAGGUAAGCGGCCUAAAAUUCAGAAGGGGAAAAAGUCACCAUUCAAAGAUAUCAGUAAACAGUUCACCUCGAUCGGGGAUGUGAAAGGAAGUAGUGGGGAGAUCACGAAGAGUGGAGGGGUCAGCGAACGCAACUACCUGGUUACAGACUCAUGGCGGCGCGUAUGCCGAAUAGAACAAGGGGAUCUUGGAGAAGAGGAGCUAAGCAUCCCGAGCAAGGAAAGUAGCAGUGGAGAAUCUGUCUUCCAGGACCCUCAGGGUAAUGACAGCUCCCAGGGGAAUGAAGAAGAAGAAGUCACCCUGACUAUGGACAACAGUGACGGUUCUUCGACGCUCAUAGCCACAGAACCGAUGGAAUCGCCUGUCACCAUAAAAGAACUCCAAGGGACCAUGUUCACUCUCGUAAAGCAUCGCAAGAUUGAUCUAGGUUCGACUAGAAUCAGUGAUCAGUCUCUUAAUGACAUCCUGUCUGGAGGAGGAGGUAAAGAUGACAGGAGUACUCCAGAAUCAAGACGACAUUCGUCCAUGAGCGAUGCCCCUCCUGAGAGUAACGUCUUGAGGAAAGUAGCCAGUUUGACUCUCGAUAGAGCUACACUUGACCAAAAGAUCACUAGACCAAAGUUUGUUCCUGAGAAGUUGGAUUUUCAACUUUACGAAAAAUUUGAAGGUCAGAUGCUUGUCAAUUGGCUUUUAUCUGCCUUCGGAAACGAACAUUAUUUGAAAACUGUCCUUCAAACUACUGAUUGGAAAAUUAUUAUAGUUCAGUUCUGUACACAUCUACUCGCAGCCGGGGUUUUAAGACAGCUUCCUGAUAAAGACGCUCCCCCUGAAUCGUUAUUCAGACCUGAUUUAAUGUAUUACUGGGCUCACACUGAGGUCGUGAGUGCUGCACCUCCUACACCUGGGCGAUUGUCAACGAUAUCUUGGCCUCCUCCUAUGUCUCCGAAUUCCGACACACUAUCCGAUUACAACGGAAAAACAAUAAUAGAUAUAUCGCCCAAUAGGAGUGACACCGAUGCUGAAGUGACUGCACUCGCGAAGAAAGUCCAUGAGCAAAAUCAAAUCAUUAAUGAACUCCAAUCGUGUAUAGAUAAACUUCAGCAGGAAAAAGAAAGAACGAAAACUUUGGCAGAUAUUCAAUCAUUGACCAACAAAGUAAAAGCUGAUUUUGAUUCACCUUUAAAAGCAAAUAAAAAUGAAGAAACUGUCGCCAUAAGAACUAAAGAUGAACUAUUGUCACCUAUCAGGGAAGUUAUCAAUUUUAAACCUUCAACCUUCGACAAAUCUGUUCAGUGUUCACUUGAAAAAACAAUAGAGUCAUCUAAGUCGACACAGACGCUAAAUAAAGAUUUUCCCAUUAAACAAGCAUCGAAGUUGGAUGAAACAGCUCUGAAGAUUGAUAACGAUGCCAAAGAAAAUGCUAGAAAAGAAAUAAAAACAUCUUCAAGAAAGUUAAUCACUCAGAGCCAGCUAGAUGACAAGUCAGCGGUGUCCCUCUCUUUUGCCAUAAACCAAACGUCCGAAGUAAACGGUAUUCAUAUAAGUUCGUCCGAUUCCAGAAAAUCUAGUGACCAUCCUAAACCAUUGGAAACUAGUGCAGUCAUUUCAAAAGAAUGUCCCAGGCCAGAUCAGAUUCCUACUACUGCAGUUUCUCCUCCGAUACCUAUGUCAAAGGAACCUCCACCACCACCGCCUCCUCCUCUUCCACCACCUCUGCCUCCACCCAUGUCAAUGGUUGAUGUCACACCUCAGAUGGUAUGUAAUGUUCCUCCCCCUCCACCUCCGCCUUCGAUGAUGGAUUUUAAACCUCCUCCUCCGCCUCCUCCUCCGAUGAUGGUUGGUGGUCCUCCUCCUCCACUCCCACCUCCAAUGAUGGGUGUUGGACCUCCCCCACCUCCUCUACCUCCGAUGAUGGGUAGCGGACCUCCCCCACCUCCUCCACCUCCAAUGAUGGGUAGCGGACCUCCCCCACCUCCUCCACCUCCAAUGAUGGGUGGCGGCGGGCCCCCACCACCGCCCCCUCCGAUGAUGGGUGGCGGACCACCCCCUCCACCACCGAUGAUGGGUGGUGGAGCACCACCUCCUCCGCCUUUGAUGAUGGGGAAUGGACCUCCUCCUCCUCCACCUUUGACAGGAGGACCAACAGCUGCAACUGGGACUUCAGCAGGACAUCCUGCUUCUCCAGCACCACUCCCAGCUCCUCCUGUUGGAGGCUGGAACGCUCAAAAGUCUCUGUUUCGAAAGGAGCCUAAGGUCCCACCCGUACCGAUGAAGCCACUCUAUUGGACGAGGGUCGUCCUACCGAUGAGUGUAGAAGAAAAGGAAAAAAACGAGGCAUUAUGGGGAAAAUUGGAAGAACCGAAACUAGACGAUAUAGACGAAUUUACCAAGCUGUUCUCUCGUCAAGUUAUCGAUAGAAGGAAUACAAAGAAAAAAGUUGCUAAACCAGCAAAAGCUGAGGUAAUCAAAAUCCUCGAUAGUAAAAGAUCUCAAAAUGUUGGCAUCCUAUCAUCCAGUUUGCACUUGGACUUUACUGAAAUUGAACAUGCAAUUUAUCAUUUUGAUACUACAGUUGUGAGUUUAGAAUCCCUUCAACAAAUAUACGAUGUGAGGGCCACAGAACAAGAACUGGAGGCGAUAAAAUGUGCACAGGUGGCUCAGCCAGAUCUCGCUCUAGAUAAACCCGAACAGUUUCUUUUAGAAUUGGCUGAGAUUCCGCAUUUCGCAGAAAGGAUUGCAUGUUUUAUGUUCCAGGCAGAAUUCACAGAUAACAUAUCUGGGAUCGAAAGUAAAUUAAAUAAUCUGAAAUCUGUAUGCCAAAUGCUGAUGAGUUCUCAGUCUCUUAAAUCUGUUCUUGCAAUAAUCCUGGCCCUUGGGAAUUGGAUGAAUGGAGGAAAUCGGCAGAGGGGACAAGCUGAUGGUUUCGGGUUGGAAAUUCUUUCAAAAUUGAAAGAUGUUAAAAGCACAGAUAAUUCGACUACACUUCUGCAUUACAUCGUCAGGUCUUACAUUAAGCAGUGUGAUGAUGGCCCAAUAACGGAAGUGGCUUUACCAGUCCCGGAACCGAGCGACAUUGAAAAAGCGAGUGUAGUACAGUUUGACGAUAUUGAGCUACAGAUAAAAAAACUCAGUAAAGAUCUUGAUGGUUGUAAGUUAAACAUGGAUAAAGUAACAUCUGCCUCUGAAGAGAAUAUCGAACCAUUUAAAGAAAAAAUGGAAGCUUUUAUGUUAUCAGCUAAAAAGUUAUUGACUGAGGAAGAGGAAAACUUGGAGGACUGUAAGCAAAAAUAUAUCGCUGUCUUGAAAUUUUACCGUUUUCAACCGAAAAGCAGCAUGAAGCUAGAAGAAGUAUCUCCUCAGGACUUCUUUCCUCUCUGGGGUCCAUUUUGUUCUGACUUCAAAGAUCUUUGGAAAAAAGAGCAGCAGAGGAUAAUUAAAGAAAAAUUAAUGGAGACCAAACGAAAGGCUGAAGAAAGAAAACUACAAAUAAAAAAAGGGAAAAAAGGAGAAGGUGGUCUUAAGUCUCAAAUCAUGAAAUUCGGAGAGAAAGUAUCCCGACCCCCACGAUAGCUUUAAAAAGGACGUUUAUUUUUAAGUAAUUUCUAACCCUCUCAGACUGUGAUUUAUUGUUGUACAAUUAGUUUUAAUCAUAUAAUUAUUGUUAUUUGUUACAGAAAAUAUAUUGUACUUUUGUAAACGUAUAUAAUAACUGAUACUGUUGAAAUGCCUAUAUUUAUGAUUUUUGUGUGUUAAUAUUUCUUAUUUUUGUAUUAUAUAUUUUAUUAUUAUCACGUUAAAAUUUUAUUAAAUAGCACAAAAUUAUUGUUUUUUUAUUGUGUAAUUUUUUUUUCUUUAAUUUAAUACUUAAACUUUUUACCUAAGUAUUAAGCCUGGCUUAAUUUUAAUUGAAUAAUAUAUUGGCAAAACUGCUAAUUCUAAUUAGUAGUAAUUUUUUAUCUUUCUCCA